GCGCCCAAGAAACGGGGACAGUAUAAAAAAAAUAACUACAGUUUCGCAAAUAAGUUAGAACAAUAGCUACCAUUUAACAGUAUAAUAGAAAUAGCCACUAUGGUACUUUUAAAACGUUUUGUCGAAUUCAGAGAAUGAAUGGAUUAUGUUUUUUUUUCUCUUCUCCAUCAAGAUCAAUAUACUGACUUUAGUUAUUGAGACGCAUUCGUCAUCAUAGGAAUGCGCGUUUGUGCCAGAAUAUCACGAUUCUUCAGAACGCAGAGCCUGUGUGUUUGCUGAACUGGACUGCGCGGAGAGAUAACGCUCUGGGGAACCGACCAACAGUGGACAGUGCACAGGGGCAGCAUGGCUUUCUGCAGGCAGCUCUAAUGUGCAUGAUUUGCGCCUAUGUCCCGCAAGCCUUAAGAAGCUGCGCCUUAACGCGAGGAGUCGGUGAUGGGAGUUUUGGAAUAGAUUCUUUCAAGUGCACUUGUUGGUUUGGAGAUGGUUGUGUUUCUGCUUCUGCUGUGUCUUGCGAAUGGCGUGCUCUCUCAGAUUCGUUACUCGGUACCGGAGGAGGGGGAGCCCGGAACAUUUGUGGGGAAUAUCGCGGAGGACUUGGGUUUGGACCUCACCCAACUCGCCACCCGCAGGUUUCAGACUGUGCCCAGUUCGCGAAGCCCUUACCUGGACGUGAACCUGGGAACCGGUGUGGUUUACGUCAACGAGAAGAUUGACCGGGAGCGCAUCUGUAAACAGAGUGCUACCUGCAUGCUCCACCUCGAGGUGUUUCUGGAGAACCCACUCGAACUCUUCCGCGUCGAAAUAGAGGUAUUGGACAUUAACGACAAUCCGCCCGAAUUCCCGGAGACUGACAUUACCGUGGAGAUCUCCGAGAGUGCCACCCCGGGCACCCGCUUCCCGCUCGAGACUGCCUUCGACCCGGACGUGGGCAUUAACGCAUUACGCACAUACGACAUCACCACAAAUGACAAUUUUUACCUGGAUGUACAAACGCAAACAGAUGGGAAUAAAUUCGCGGAACUGGUGCUGGAAAGGCCCCUGGAUCGUGAACAGCAGUCCAUUCUCAAGUUCGUGCUCACCGCAGUGGACGGUGGCCAGCCCCCGCGGACUGGCACCGCGCUAUUAGUGGUGAAAGUGCUUGAUUCCAACGACAAUGUUCCCGUGUUUGACCAACCCGUCUAUUCCGUUAGCCUGGCCGAAAACGCGCCUGUCGGGACUCUGGUUAUUCAGCUCAACGCCACUGACUUGGACGAGGGACUGAACGGGGAAGUUGUGUAUUCGUUUAGUAAUCACAUAUCGAGUCGGGUAAAGGAGCUAUUCGACAUAGACGCACGGACAGGGAGGAUAGAGGUGCGGGGAGAUGUGGAUUUCGAGGAGAGCAGCCUGUACCAGAUCUAUGUCCAAGCAAAGGAUAUGGGACCAAAUGCGGUGCCUGCGCACUGCAAAGUUCUGGUGCAAGUGACAGAUGUGAAUGACAAUGCGCCCGAGAUCACCUUCAGCACAGUCACCGACUCCGUGAGCGAGAAUGCUGCGACGGGGACAGUGAUAGCGCUGCUCAGCGUCAUGGACAAGGACUCGGAAGACAACGGACAGAUUCAUGUCGAAAUCCUUGGCGAAGUGCCAUUUAAGCUUAAAACCUCUUUCGGGAACUAUUACACGAUUGUCACGGACGGUGUCCUAAACAGAGAGAGCGCAGAUUCCUACACAGUGACGGUCGUAGCCAGAGAUAAGGGUUCUCCGUCUCUUGCCACAAGUAAAUCGAUCAAAGUCCAAGUUUCUGACGAAAACGACAAUGCGCCAGCGUUUACGCAGCCCAUUUACGAUGUGUAUGUGACUGAGAAUAAUGUCCCCGGUGCUUACAUUCAUGCUGUAAACGCGAUAGACCCCGAUAUAGGCCGAAAUGCGCAAUUAAAUUACUCCAUACUGGAGUGUGACAUACAGGGUAUGUCGGUCAAAACCUACGUGUCAAUCAACAACGAGAGUGGAGCUCUAUACGCCCUCAGGUCAUUCGAUUAUGAGCAGCUCAAAGACUUUAGUUUCACAGUCCAGGCGACAGACAACGGUAUCCCCGAACUCUCGUCAAACGCCACAGUCAAUGUGAUUAUAGUGGAUCAGAAUGACAAUGCACCCUCGGUAAUUGCACCACUGGGCAAAAACGGCACGGCCAGAGAGCCUCUCCCCCGCUCAGCUGAGCCCGGAUACCUGGUCGCUCGCAUCGUCGCCAUGGAUGCUGAUGAUGGCGAAAACGCACGGCUGUCAUACAGCAUCCAGAGGGGCAAUGAAAACGGAAUGUUCCGGAUGGACUGGCGGACAGGAGAGCUAAGGACUGCCCGGAGAGUGUCUGCCAAGCGGGACCCCCAGCAGCUGUAUGACCUGUUGAUCGAGGUGAGGGACCACGGCCAACCACCCCUAUCCUCCAGCGCCAGCGUGAUGGUGACACUGGUGGAUAGUGUGGUGGAUGGCCCCAACGGGGACCGAAGUGGCACGGCCAAAGCCAAAGACAACAGUCUGGACCUGACCCUAAUACUCAUCAUCGCUCUGGGCUCCGUCACCUUCAUCUUCCUGUUGGCCAUGAUCGUGCUGGCGGUGCGCUGUCAGAAGGAUAAGAAAAUGAAUAUCUACAGCACGUGUCUGUCCAGCGACUGCUGCCUCCUGGGCUGCAGCGCGUGCUGCUGCGGCAGGCAGGCGAGGGCCGCGCGCAAGAAAAAAAAGCUGAGCAAGUCGGACAUCAUGCUGGUGCAAAGCGCUCACGCCAGCGCCGCCACCAACGCGGCUGUCAGCGUGGCCAGUGCGUCACAGGUGCCCGUGGAGGAGUCGGGGAGCUUUGGCUCUCUCCACCAGAACCAGAACUACUGCUACCAGGUAUGUCUGACGCCGGAGUCCGCCAAAACCGACCUCAUGUUCCUCAAGGCCUGUAGUCCGUCACGGAGCGCCGACACAGAACACAACCCGUGCGGAGCGAUAGUAACAGGGUACACUGACCAGCAGCAGCCUGACAUCAUAUCCAACGGCAGCAUCUUAUCCAGCGAGACCAAACAUCAGCGUGCAGAACUCAGCUACCUGGUGGACAGACCGAGGCGCGUGAACAGUUCGGCCUUCCAGGAGGCGGAUAUUGUGAGCUCCAAAGACAGCGGCCACGGGGACAGCGAGCAGGGAGACAGUGACCACGACGCCACGCAUCGACAGCACUCUUCGGGUGCGGACCUGUUCUCCAACUGCACCGAAGAGUGCAAAGCGCUGGGCCACUCCGACCGCUGCUGGAUGCCCACGUUCGUGCCCACGGACAGUCGCCAGGGCGCCGACUACCGCAGCAACCUCCACGUGCCAGGCAUGGACUCCGUGCCCGACACCGAGGUAUUUGAGAGCGAGCCGCAGCCGGGGGAUAAGUCCUUCUCCACCUUUGGCAAGGAGACCUCCCUCCACCACAGCCACAGCCACCACCUUCACAGCCACCAAAACCACCACAGCCCCCACCAAAACAGCCACCCGUACAGCCAACAACACAACCUCCACCACCACCAUGGCACCAUAGACCGGAGAGAGUUAGAUGCACUUCUGUCUAACUCCCGCACGCCUUACAAACCUGCCUAUAUGACAACGCAGCGGAAAAGGAUAUGCUAGCUCUUUUCGUGUGGACAUACCAGAGACCGCAUGAGUUUCUGUACAAUUAGUUUUUUAUUUUUGUUCUUUUUUUGCACAAUCAGUCACAACCGACGAGGAAAGAGCAUCAAGAAUUUUUGUUCGACUCUUUUCCCUCCGCCGUCCAUCUUGCUGCCUGUGCCCACGGACUGCUCUAGCAGAUGCUGGAUCAAAGGGCGGACAAAAAAAAAAGACAGCGAGAAAGAGAGACGAAGAAAAGAGAGAGACGGAGAGACCCAAAGUGAUGCAGACGGCCAAGAUAUACGCUCACUUGGGGUUACAUCUCAGCCGGACUGAGAGAUUGGAGUCAAGGAAACGAGUACGAGGAACGGACAGAUGCGAAUAGAGGAAAAGAGAGACUGAUAAGAAGAAGACGUACGAGAACGGAGCUGCUCCUCUCGCGUCAUCCGUGUGUGCCUGUUUACAGCGCUACUGUACAUCUUUAAAAGAAACACAAACAAACAAAACACCUAGAGGAACGCUUGUGAAAUCAAGAAGAAGGACGGGAAAAAAAGAGACAAAAGUUGUCAAAAAUGAAAAUAUUCACUGAGCCCUUUAGUUGUUUGUAUACACACCAAGAAGCCAACUGUACAGAAAUAUUCUUUGUGCAUUUCAAAAUGCAAUAUGACUCUUUUAGACUUGACUGUUUUCUACUCUGUGUGUGUGUGUGGGUGUGUGUGUGUGUGUGGGUGUGUGUGUGUGGUCAAGUGUUUCUCCGGGUCUAUUCCAGCUUUGUUAAAAAAACGAAAACGAAAAAAAAAAAGAAAGACAAAAGACAAAAAAAAUGGUGGUCAGGAAUUUGGUUACGGAAGAGAUUAUUUUGGGGGGAGGUUUUUAUUUUCAAUGACUUUCAUUUUUCUUUUCUUUUAAUUGUGGGGGAGGGUGGUCCUGUGCAGCAUAGUGGCCGAAAAAAACACUCUCGGCCUGUCACUCACCUCUCAGAUACAUCAGUAGUUUAUAUCACGUGUGAAAAAGGUGUUUACUGUACUAUUUUAAAAAGCUUCAAAAAUAAAUACAAAUCUAUAUAUAUAUAAAUCUAUCUAUAUAUAUAUCUAAACUUUUUUCUCUCAGAAGGUGUGGUAUCUGAAAACACUUUUUGUUUUGCCAGUGUAGUCUUGACUGGUGUUUGGGGGAUGUAGUGGUUUUGAAGACAAACAUUACAGGUGUGCUCAGAGGGACAGUAAGCCUUAUCUUGACAACAUGUUUUCAUCAUUUCAAAAAGUAUUCUCUUUUUUCCACCUUUUUGGAUAUUGAGAUUUCAUGUCUAUAAAUAAAAAGGAAAGUAAGACUUUAGAUUUGAAUUUAUUGUAAUUCUGUGUUAAUGUAGCCAAAAAAGCGCCAUUUUUUAACCAGAGGCCAAAUAUGAGAGGAAUAUACAGUAUAACACAAACAGAUACAGUGACACCUACACACACUCACACACACACAUACACACAUACAGUGUCACACUCACGGAGGCACA